GAAAACAAUUAUCUAUUUCACACACGCAAUCUAAAAUGGUGAAAUUCAUGCUUCGUAUCUUCAAAGCCUGCCAAACAAAACCCUCUUCUCCCCCACCGGAAAACUCUUCUCCACCGUGUCACCACCACAAAGCAACCACCGGCGAUCCACCAUGCACAACUUCUCCGUCACCUUCUAAACAAACACCCCACCGUUCUUCCUUCAAAACCCACGUCUCUUCCGUUGCCACCAAACUCUACGACGUCGUUUCCCCACGAUCGAAAGUCCCCAACUCCGAUUACGGCCAUGGCUUUCGGUUCCCCUUACUACCGGUGCCUCCAUUCUACCAAAAGAAAAACCACCACAAGAUGAAAACAAGGAGACCUAAAAAUGCCGCUGCCUCAUCCUCCGAUCGCCAUCGGUUCAGCACCAGUUACACUGUAGACGAAGGCGGGGAAGGUGAUGAACAUCGAGCUCAAAUCCUUAGUCGCCCUCGUAGAAGCUUUUCAGACGUGGGGGUACGAUCAAGACGACACAACAACGUCGGAAGAGAUGGUGAGAUGUCGCCUGAGUGGGGAUCGCCGGCGAGGCUGUCGGUGUUUAAGAAGCUAAUGCCAUGUAAAGUGGAGGGGAAAGUGAAAGAAAGCUUUGCUGUGGUGAAGAGAUCUGAAAUGCCAUACGAAGACUUCAAGAAAUCGAUGAUGGAGAUGAUUGUGGAGAAUCAAAUGUACGAAGAGAGUGAUUUGAAGCAACUUCUGCAGUGUUUCUUGUCGUUGAACUCUUGGUAUCACCAUGGUGUCAUCAUGGAAGCUUUCACGGAGAUUUGGAACACCAUGUUUCUUGAUCCUUGAAUCUUUGUUCAGUUGUUAAAUGAAAUAAAUAUUGACACCUUUUAAAAAUA